AUGGACAUCCCCGUCAGCAGCAGAGACUUCCGCUGCCUGCAGCUGGCCUGUGUGGCCCUCAGCCUGGUGGCCGGGAGCAUCAUCAUCGGCGUCUCCGUGUCCAAGGCUGCAGCUGCCAUGGGUGGUAUCUUUAUUGGCGCUGCGGGUCUGGGGAUCCUCAUCUUGGCCUACCCCUUCCUGAAGGCUCGGUUCAACUUGGACCACAUCCUGCCUACGAUAAGGAACCUGAGAAUCCACCCCCGUCCAGGGCCAGAUCAUGGGGAGGGAAGAUCCAGCACCAAUGGCAAUAAGGAAGGAGCCCGCAGCAGCCUGUCCACCGUGAGCAGGACCCUGGAGAAGUUGAAGCCAGGGAGCCGGGGAGCUGAGGAUGGCUGA